CAUUUAAUACUAACCAAGAUGGCGGACUCCACCAAGGAAAGCAUGGAAAAUUCAGAAGAAGUAUCCACUGAUUUUAGGAUCAAAAACAAGUUCCGACGAAGGGAACAUUUCAAGAAGUUGAAAAGGGAGAAAACGAAGAUGAAAUUGAAAGAAAGGCAAAAAAAGAAGAGAGAGGCAAAAAAAUCAGGAAAAGAGGUAGAAAAACAAAUUCCUAAAACAAUUGAAAACAUGAGAGUACCCGAUGAAACCAUGGUUAAUUUGGAAGAUGAAGAAGUUAUUGCUGAUGAAACAACAGACGAACUAGCCUCUUAUUUUAAUAGAGAAUCAGCGCCUAAAGUUUUGAUAACAACUUCUGAUAGACCUAGGAUGAGGAGCUACCUGUUUUGUCAACGUUUAAAAGACAUUAUUCCCAAUUCUUUCUACUAUUAUAGAAGAGGAUUAGAUUUAAAGAAAGUAAUAAAGCAAAUGAAAGCUAAAGACUUCACAGACCUAAUUGUCGUAAAUGAUGACAGGAAAAUACCAAAUGGACUGGUUUUAAGUCACCUACCUGACGGCCCGACAGCUCAUUUCCGUUUGUCUAACGUUAUUUUGCCCAAAGAAAUAAAGAGAGUUGGAAAAACAACCUAUCAUCAGCCGGAAGUUAUACUUAAUAACUUUAAUACCCGCCUUGGUCAUACAAUAGGAAGAAUGUUGGCCGCAAUCUUUCCUCAUGACCCGCAAUUUCAUGGGAGAAGAGUUGCGACAUUUCACAAUCAGCGGGAUUAUAUAUUUUUUCGUCACCAUCGUUAUCAAUUUCGCAACCAGAAAAAAGUUGGCCUUCACGAAUUGGGACCUCGAUUUACCCUCAAGUUACGGUCUUUACAAAAAGGAACAUUCGAUUCCAAAUAUGGAGAAUACGAAUGGGUUCAUAAGAGACACGAAAUGGAUACCAGUAGAAGAAAGUUUCAUCUUUAA